CGGGCGAAACCCUAACAUCUCCAGCCCUAUAUAACCGGACUCACGCCGCCUCGUUCCAAACCCUAGAAGCCAUCUGCCUCCUGCGCCUCCACCCUCGUCGCCGCCUCUCUCCUUCUGAGACCGCAGAUCCGUCAGGUGAGAGGAAGCCGCUCGCACCCAUGGCCUCCGGUGAGCUCGCAUGCACCUACGCCGCCCUCAUCCUCAGCGACGAUGGCAUCGCCAUCACCGCCGAGAAGAUUGCCACGAUCGUGAAGGCGGCCAACAUCAAGGUCGAGUCCUACUGGCCGGCGCUCUUCGCCAAGCUCCUUGAGAAGCGCAACGUUGAGGACCUCAUCCUCUCCGUUGGAUCUGGUGGUGGUGCUGCUCCAGUUGCUGCUGCUGCCCCUGCUGGUGGUGCUGCGGCUGCUGCUGCGCCGGCUGCCGAGGAGAAGAAGGAAGAGGUUAAGGAGGAGUCUGAUGACGACAUGGGCUUCAGCCUGUUCGACUGAGGAGCCCCACACUCCCAUAGCAAAUUCGCUUAUGCUGUCCAAGACUAUCUUAUGUUAUGUCUCUAGGCUUUUGUUACAAGUACUGAAGUUUUGAGUAUUUUGAGAUGUGGCUAUGGCAAUGUGAUGAUGAACCCCAAACCAUCUUAUUAGAGUGAAACUUGUUUCUAUAUUGUUCCAAGUUUCUUAGCCUCAAAUUUAAUGCAUCUGGUUGAUGCGCUGAUCU